AACCAGGGCCGAUCCAUUUGUCACGAAUAGGAAGACCUAAGCCAAUGGACCGUGACAAUUUUUUUUUUCCUGAUGAUUUUGCUCAGGUGAAAUAUUAUUACCAAUGAAAUGGGAUUACAUUUGAAGUGUUUGUAUCUGUAAUGUUAUAUUAGAUGACCAAUGUGAUAAAGUUUCUGGUCAUUUGCACCAAUUCUCGUAUUAAUACAUUUCAAGUGCUACUGGUCACCGAGUGAUUCAACACAAGGACUUAGCGUUGACAAUGUUAGCAAGCCAGACACGUCGUACAAUAACAACAACAUAGAGUGUGAACUGUGGAGCUAGACAUACAAACAUGAGAGAAGUUUUGUAUUCUUGGAUUAUCGUCACUUCUUUGAUAACUGAUAUUGCAGCAGCUGAAGUAGCCCUUGCCAAGUCAGCCACAGUCUGCAAUGGUCCUUGUGGUCAACUGUCAGGGUCAUGUCCAUCAGGUCAUAAACUAGCCAUUCGAGAUGCCCUUUACAGGGUCCAGUAUAAAAACUCAGCUUGCAGCGUUAUGUCUGGAUGCAAUGACACCAAGCAGGAAGCGUGCUGUGAGACCAUGCCCCAAGACUGCGUGUUACCAUUUAGUCUACCCGACAUGCAAUCCCUACAAAGGAACUGUUCUGAUGUGUCCAGCUGUGUACUACACACUCGCUAUCCUGACCUUCAGAAUUCAAAAUGUGCGCCAGGAACACAGCAAAAAUUUUCCAGUUGGACAGUCCUGAAUUACAUGUGCAUCAACGACAAUUUCGUUACUGACAUGUGCGGCAGCGCCGAGUCCGUCGUAAAAGGCAAGACUCUAUUCGCCAUGGCAAAGUCAAAAACUUUGGCCAAAGGCAUGGUCUGUACGUGCAAGGCUGAGGUCCUGACAUCGUCAACAACUGACAUCAUUGCCUUAUUUGUCGUGGACAUGCGCAUGAACAGGGCCGGUGCAACUGACUGUUCUGACGCCUCCCUGUCAGUAAGAUCUGGAAAUGGCUACAAAAAUCUUGACUGUAGUUCCAGCCUUGACCCUAAAGUGAGCUACCCAUUUGUGGCCGUGGUGAAUGACAGUAAUGUUGUGUACACCAAACUUCAGAUUCGAACCAGCCUAACAGAGUUGAUCUGGAUAGGAUUUGAAUCUAAUGAGAACCAAGACAUUCGUCUUACCUGCCAACUUCAAAUUUCUGAUAGCACUAAAGCUUCAUCAGUUGAUCCUGCAUCGGACAGAAAGUUGUCAAGUAACAGCCAAGAGUCAGAGACGGAUGAAAACUUUGACAAAAAAGGAAUUCUUAUCCCUGCAAUUAUUGGUGGCGUUGUAGCAGGAAUAGUUCUGAUCACUAUUGUCAUAAUUAGUAUACUCGUGUGUACAAAAAAACUGACCUGUCCAGGCUCAGCCAAACCACUAGGGGCGGAGCACGACGCUCAAGUGGACUUCGAUAUUUACUACAGCACCACGAACGAUGAAAUGAAAAAACUGGACGCUGGUCAGACGUCAUCUGCUAGAAACUCUACGUCGUCUGCUCAGGAUCUCUACAUUUCACCGGAGGACGUUCGCGCCAAAAAGAGAAGUAACUCCAAACGAAUGUCCCAGUUGACUGUUAGAGAUUUUGAGAAUGAUGAGGAAUACGUCACUACUUUUGAGAUUCAACACAGAAAGCGCAUGUCUAAGAAGAACAAAGUUAUAGAAGACAGCGGUCAGACUUCCGGACAAGAAAGUUUUGAAGACGACAAGGAAUAUGACCGAUUGGACUGCAGGCUUCGCCGACCUAGCGACGACGUCAUGGAAAGCUACGACCGCUUGGGGCCAACUUGUGUCCGAAAAGACACUGCCGACGAUCUCAAGACAAAUUCUGCCGGAAAUUGCGGAGCCACGAACUUAGCCUACGAAGACACCGAAUUACAGUGUGACUCGGGAAGGUCGACUAUGGUUUUAAGACCUCUCAAGUCUUCGGAACAGGAGAAUCCUUUAUACACAACAGUUCAAAGUAUAUUUGUUCAAGACGAUGAGCCUGCUCCAGACAUUCCGCCAAAGCUCUCCGCUUCCUCCUUGUAUGACGUGCCACGCAGAUCUUCGGAUUACAAUGUAGCGUUGUCCAAGUUACUGAAAAUGUCCGCCCGUGGUCGAUAUUUUAAGGCCAACCCAAUUGAGCAGACGACUUCAAAAGAGGCAGAUCCGGAGAAUUGUGGCGAGACAGACAACGCUGAGGAUAAUUCGUUAAACACUAACUCAGAAAUCAAAACCGGGGAGAUGACAGCUCCAGUGGCGGCACCAAGAAGAAAGAGGAAAUCAACAGCUCAAUCGUAUGACGUAGCUAAACCUAUUCAGUGAAAAUCUUCAAACCUUAAAUAUCGCUGAGGUUGUUGUGCCUUGCUUUUCGGAACAUAUUUUAAAUUGUCCAUUAGAAACAAAAUGGUUUAUUGAUUUCAUUUGUUAACCUUUACAUGUCACGAGAGUAGUUUUGCACUAAAAAUAUAAUAUUUAAAAAGAAAUCAUUUUUUAAAAGCAUAACUUAAAUUGCAUAAUUUCUUGCCAGUUUUUUAAAUUAAGUAAUCAGUAACAGAAAUCUUUACAAAAAUUUGUAUUUAGUUAUUACAGUAAAACAAAAAUUGGAAAAAUAAAUGUUUUUUUCUCCAAUGCACAUAUAGGGCUACAUACAUACAAAUGUAUAAAUUGUGUUUGGGCCCCCAGCUAAUUAUCUACUGGCUUGUUGUUAAACGAACUAGAGAAUGUCAAAGUAGCUAAGAUCAGAUCUGUUGGCCUCGUUGCUGUCCAGGUAUAGUUCCUUAAACGUUGACGUUGAGUACAAUUGAAAACAUUUCUAAGGAACGAUUUACAAUAUUAGCUUCAUGUCAAUCAAUGUCAUCUUACAAAACUUUGACAUACUUCAUAUUGAUGAAAUUAUUAAAUAUCAAACAAAGCAUUAAGGUUUUUUUACAAGAAAAAAAAUUACAAUUCAAACUUGAACAUACAAAUAGAAUGCUAUUUAAUGUUAGUUAGGUCAAUAUUAGAAUAGACAUUAUCAGUUUGAGAUCCAUAUGCUCAAAAAGACAAAAAAAAACAAGAACAAAGGAACAAUAGUGCAGUGAGAUUUAUAACAAAAUAAAUAUUCACCAUUAGUGAAAUCACUAAAUUUAUAGACUCUUCAGGACAGAAAAAUAAAAAGUAAAGAAGCAAUAAUACAUAAAACAUUAGAUCAUACUUUACAAAUGGAACAACAAAGACUAAUAAAAUACCCAGAAAGAUACAAAGAUAGAGGCGCAUUUCUUUUUCCAUAUGCUAGGACAAAUUAGUAAAAGUGUUCCUGCUUUCCUAGUGCCCAUUACCAAAUGGAACGGGUUGCCUGAAUCAGUCAGGAAAACCAAUGACUUAGCAGAGUUUAAGUAAUUGCUUGACAUGUAUGACUAGAUUGACAUAUGAGAUGCUUAGGUCGUAAUUAUCUUCUCUUUUGAAGUAACGUCUGUAAUCUAUAAGAUAAGAUACUCAAUGUAUCAGUGAUAUUAUCAACAGUUUCAAUCAUUUUUUCUUCCAAAAGUUUGGAAGUCUGGUGCAAGUUUCUUGAUGCUUUGUAUCCUAGCUGAUAUUCACAUCUAAUCUCAAAGGUCAUUGUCCGGUACACACUAUCGCAGGUGAGCUGUAUCCCACUAAUUUUGUUUAACAUCUCAAUCAUCUCUCGUAAAGCAAAACACGUGACAGGCCAAUGGCAUUUAAACAAAAGUACACAGCCCUAACUUCCCAUUUAUGUAUUAUACUAUUCAUUAACUUCAGAUAAAAAUUAAUAAAAAGAAAUGUUUAUAUGUUUUUUCGCCCAUGAUACAUGAUACGAUUAUAAUAAAUGUAGCAGCUAUAAAAUGAUGUCUAUUAAAUUGAUUUGAUUUAA